AUGGUUGCCGACAUCAUCCGCGAUUCGACCUUCGGCCAGCUCGUCAACUGGGCCUCGAAAGGUCGCUUCUUCCCCUACGCCGACCAGCGACCAGACUACAUCGUUCCGGCACGCUACCUGCCUCACGCCUCUCCUCUCGACUCGUCCUCGACGCUGGAAGCUCGCUCCCCGACACCCAAGAGCCGCGAAGAGACCCUCGUCAAUGCGCCCGGUACUUGCGCCGAGAUCAAGACUUCCAAGACGGACGUUGAUGUCGAGAAGCAGGUUCUCGAGUCGGUUGGCGCGCAGACGCCUACUCCUCCGGCAUACGAGUACCUCGUCGAGUUCGAGGAGAACGAUCCCGACAAGCCCAUGAACUGGUCCUCGCGGAAGCGCAUCUUCAUCGGCUUUCUCAUCUCCCUCCUCACCUUCGGCAUCUACAUCGGCUCGGCCAUCUACACGGCGUCCAUCCCGGGUCUCAUGCAAGAGUUCGGGAUCAACCAGGUUGGAGCAACGUCCGGCUUGACGCUCUUUGUCGCUGCGUACGGUAUCGGUCCCAUGAUCCUCUCGCCCAUGCAAGAACUGCCCCGCUGGGGCCGCAACCCAGUCUACAUCCUCGGCCUCUUCGCCUUCGUCAUCUUCCAGAUCCCCGAGAUCCUCGCCAAGAACGUCGCGACUGUCCUCGUCUUCCGAUUCCUCUCGGGAUUCGUUGGGUCGCCUGCGCUUGCGACGGGAGGCGCAACGAUGGGCGAUAUCUUCCCCCUCCAGCAUAUCGCGAUCGCUAUCGGCGCCUGGUCCGUCGGUGCCAUCUCAGGCCCCAUCUUCGGACCCGUCAUCGGCGGCUUCGCAGCCGAGCAAAUGAACUGGCGCUGGCCGUUCCUCGAACUCCUCUGGAUCUCCGGCACGGUCUUGCUCGUCGUCUUCCUCGUCCUUCCGGAGACGAUGGAGUCGACGAUCCUCAUCCGGCGCGCCGAGCGCCUGCGCAAGUUGACGGGCAACCCGCUCUUGCGUGCGCCGGCGGAGUUGGGACACGCGGGCGAACUCAAGCUGGCGCCGUUGCUUACAGAGACGAUUGGGAGGGCGUUCAGGCUCAUGCUUGAACCUGCGCUUGCCGUUGCACACUCGUACCUUGCGCUCGUCUAUGCCAUUUUCUACCUCUGGUUCGAGGCGUUCCCCCUCACCUUCAACGAGAUGCACCACUUCUCGCUCAGCCUCGGCGGCCUGCCUUUCCUCGCCUUCGUCGUCGCAGCCGUCCCAACCUUCAUCGGCUACUACUUCUACCAAACCCGCUACAUGGCCUCGCGGAUGGCAAAGAACCCGAACCUCGCGCCCGAAGCACGGCUCGAGCUAGCCAUGAUCGGAGCCGUCUUCGUCCCCGUCUCGCUGUUCAUCUUUGGCUGGACUGCGCGCGCGGACGUGCACUGGAUCUGGCCGACUAUCGGAGCGGGAAUCUACCUCCCCGGCGUCUACUACAGCUUCCAAAGUAUCCUCAUCUAUCCCAACUACGCCGCCUCCAACCUCGCAGGGAACGACUUCCUCCGAUCCGUCUUUGCGUCCGUAUUCCCGCUCUUCGGCGCGAGGUACUACAAAGUCCUCGGAAUCGGCGGGGGAUGCUCGCUCCUUGCGGGUGUCUCGAUCCUCAUGAUUCCCCUUCUUUACGCCAUCAUCCGCUUCGGCGACCGCCUCCGCGCCCGCUCGCACUUUACAGAGUGA